AUGCCCACAAUAUUCUCGCCGGUUGUUAGUACCGUGCGUAUUCCCGCCUUCACUGCAGAACCACAGUCUCCCAGGAAAAAGCGCAAGAGGGCCAGGACGCAGGAUGCGGUCCAUGAGCAAGAGCAGGACUUCUCACAGGAAUCCAUUAAGAGCAAGGAUGACAUUGAGUACACUGCCGUAGUCACUCCCCUGGAGAGGCUCCAGCGACGUGUUGCUGGUCAGCCGCUUGAUCAGCUCCCUCCUCCCUUUCCUUUCCCUCACGCCGGGGAAAAGUCCAAAGCAAGCUGGCUUGAAGACAGAUUAUCUGCUACUGGGGAACCGCCCUCUACUCAGCCUGCAAAAUUAGAUGAUAAACCGCGAAGUUUACAUCUUCAACACCUUGCGGCGCUGACGGCCAUAGUGCAUCGAAGUCUGCUGACACAGGAUUUCGGCCGGGCCGCCCGGGCGCUUGGGUUGAUGUUGAGAGAAGACAUUGUCAGCCGCAAUGCUGCCGUUCGCAACCGUGGCUAUAUGGGAAUUGCCGCAGAGGUCCUGCUGCGUAACGGAUGUUCUGGACAAGCGGCUGGUGGUGACUCGCGGCCAGGAAUAGAAUUCACCCGCGAAGGGUUUCAGAAUGCUAAACGUUUCUACGAGAGACUCAUCAUCAGGCAUCCUUAUCAUAAAAGCUGGCCGGGAGCUAUCAACGCCGUCGACUUCUACCUCGCAAUGUUCAACAUUUGGAUCUACGUUGCACACGAAGAAACAUUGACAGCAGUCUUCGACCUUGGGGCAGGUGAAGGUCGGGCCGAGUCACCCAACUCCUCGCCCUAUGCUGAUAGAUCUCCCUUUCAUAUCCGUACCAAGGUGAGAGAGCUUGACCAGGCCAAUGAGAUAGCCAACCGGAUGGACACCUGUAUGGCUACAUUGCCGUAUAUGGACGAGCCUGAAUUGAUUCGGCUGCGUGCAAUGGUCUGCCUCUGGAUCGCUGAUCUUCACGAUGAUAUUGGCAGGACACAAGCGUCCCGUUUACGGCACACCUCUCCUGACACUCCGGCUUCGUCCGACCAACUUGAAGAAGAGGAGACUUCGAGCGGCGAACACGCUCGUGAGGCCGCGAGGGCACGUGAUAUGGCACGUGAUUUGAUCGCGCGGUUGGAAGGUGGGCCGACAAGCGAUGAAUGA